AUGGGAAAAGAAAAAAAAACAAAAAGAUUUUAUGCUUUAGAUUAUUCUGACCAAUGUACAAAAAAUUAUUAUCGUUUACUAUUAGACUAUGACGAAUCUAUCUAUACAGCACCAAUAAACAAUAUUGAACGUCGAUCAAACGCUGACAAUAUUAAAGUAGGCAAUGUAGUUUGGUCCAAAUAUGAAUCAGACAUGUUUUUCAAAGCAUUGGCUCGUUUUAGUCAGAAACGUCCGAUAGAAAUAGCAAAAUGGAUUGGUACUAAAAACCCAAUAGAAGUGAUGGAGUUAAUUGACUAUUAUGAGAAAGAAGUGAAACUUUUUUCGGAACUUGGCCUGCUUGAACGAGUAUGUCAUAAAGAUAUUCCUGCCGCUAGAGAGAUGAGUGAUGAAUGGUUAGAGUUUGAAGCUAGCCAGGUUGAGGAGCUUCAAAAAAAAACAGAAAGGAUUACAAAAAUUGAAAAAAAAGCAUUAUUUAAUGUGAAACAUGGAUUGAUAAAAGAUGGCGAAGUUGAUCAACGCAAGUUGAAUUUAUUUAAGAGUAAGACUCUUGUUACUUUGAUUAAGAGUGAUAUAGAUCAUGUAUUGAAAUUCAAUGAAAAACAAUCAAUGCCAGCACCACCAGAAAUUUCACAUAAUGUACUUAAAGUUGAAAAAGAAGAUGAUGUUGAUAUUAUUCUUAAUGUAGAUGAACAGGAAGAUUACGUUACUGAUAAACUUGAUCGAUUGAGAGAUGAGUAUUAUGAGAAGGAAUUGAAAAAUAUUCUGGAUAAAAGUUACCCUAAAUCUAUAGGAAUAUUAUAUGAAACACUUGAGGUUGAUAUGGGUGCUAACUAUAACAAUAGCAAUAAUAUAGAUGGCAAUAAUACGGGUGGUGAUACUACAGAUGGUAAUAAUACGGGUAUAGAUGGUAAUAAUACAGGUGGUGAUAAUACAGAUGGUAAUAAUAUGGGUAUAAAUGGUAAUAAUACAGGUGAUGAUAAUACAGGUGGUAAUAAUACGGGUGUAGAUGGCAAUAAUACGGGUGAUGAUAAUACAGGUGGUAAUAAUACGGGUGUAGAUGGCAAUAAUACAGGUGAUGGUAAUACAGGUAGUAAUAAUAUGUGUGUAGAUGGCAAUAAUACAAGUGAUGAUAAUACGGGUGGUAAUAAUACGGGUGUAGAUGGCAAUAAUACGGGUGAUGAUAAUACAGGUGGUAAUAAUACGGGUGUAGAUGGCAAUAAUACAAGUGGUGAUAAUACAGGUGGUAAUAAUACGGGUGUAGAUGGCAAUAAUACAGGUGAUGGUAAUAUGGAUGGUAAUAAUAUGAACAUAGAUGUCAAUAAUACGGAUGGUGGUAAUACAGAUGAUAUGAGUGGUUAUUAUAUAGGUGGCGUUAAUAUUCUUAAUGAAUAA